AAGGAAGUGGAAAAAAUGCGUUUAUCUGCUUUAAAACUCCAUCAGGGCCGUGCUCACCUGCGUUCCAGCGAUCAAAGGCGCGACGAAGGACUUCAUCCGUGGGUUUGGCGGCAAGCAUCGGCUAGGCGUCUUCUAACUCAGAAGUCACCAGCCAUGUCUGCCUUUUACCUCGCACUCUUGCUUUUAGCAGUGAACGUGGCCUCCUUGGCUGCAGCCAGAUCCCCCCGGGGUAAAAGGUCACUAAGUGACCUGCAAGGAAUGAUCAAAUGUACCACAGGGAAAAACUAUAUUACAUAUAGUUCGUACGGCUGCUACUGUGGAGGCGUGGGGAAAGGCAAGCCUAUAGACCAGACUGACCGGUGCUGCUUCCAACAUGGCUGCUGCUACGCUCGGGCCGAAAGAUAUGGCUGCAAGUCCGACACGGACUACGACUGGACAUGUAACAGAGACGGGACGGCUCGUUGUGGAAUCACUGAUGACAAGUGUAAGAGGUUGAUCUGCAACUGUGACCGAGAAUUCGCCAACUGCCUGAAACAUACACCCUACAAUUGGACCAAACCAUGGCCGAUCUCCCAGUGCUCUGGAAGCAAACCAUUUUGUGCCUAUAAAGGAAAAUGAUCUUGGUAGUCAAUGAAGACCAAUAGUAGCCACAUCCUUACAGCAAUAGUUUAUUCCUUUAAUCAAUGUGUGGGGCACUGCGUGUCUUGUCCUUUUAAAAUCACCAUCAUUUAUUUUGGUUUGUGUGGGAAUAUAACAAGCUUUGGGGCAAACGGGAAAGUACUGUAUUUGCAUUUUAAACUUUUUGAUUUGUUUUUUCAUUGCUCUGCAUACAAUUACAAAAUGUGAUCAAUAAACAAAUAUGUAUGG